UGUAUAUAACGGCUCUCGUCAAUGAAGUGUCCACGCCGAGGUUACAAGCGAUCAGUUCACAAUUCCGACCUCAUCAUCUCAGUUUGUUGACUCACGACUGGGAAUCCGCGGGGCUCUUGCGAUCGUCGUGCCGUCUCGCCCCACAAGGCUCUGCACCCCUUCUUUAGGCUGUCAGCCCACCUCAACCCUGGCACACGACUGAUCAAGUCCUUCGCAGCCACGGAGCCUCCUCUAAAGACACCAUGUCAUCCUCCAGAAUCUUCGCAAGGUCUCUCUCGAGCAGCGCCAAAGCUCGCGCUCCUCCAUCCGGAUUCUUUGCCCGUCCAACAGGCGAGGCUCAGACUCCCGCUCGUCGUCGAGAGAACCGAGCCAACGUGGUAGCAGCGCCUCACACACCACCUCACAUCCCAUCCGAGCAAUCUCCAAAUUAUCCAGCCACUUGGUCCAAAUCGCAAAAUCCCAGGCCUAAAGCGAUGCAAGGACCACGUUUCGAACAGAUCGAUUUCAACCUGCAACCUUUGCCCCUGAGCGCCAUGGAGAUGAUUCACAGGGAACCGAUUCGUCUCACAAAGAAGAGGGUCGUUGCUUGCGAUGGUGGGGAUGGACCGCUUGGACACCCUCAGGUGUUCAUCAACUUGGACAAGCCAGGACCCAAGGCGUGCCCGUACUGCGGUAUUCGCUUCGAGCACGACCACGCGCACCACUAGAGUGGACAUAAAUGGCCCCUUGAUGCUCUCUGUGCCACGAAUCUCGCUCGCCGACCGACAGUCUGCCCACACUACUGGCGCUCUCCGGUCGAUCGAUAGCAAUCUUCGAUGUGAUGCAUCCAUCCAUCCCUCUUCGACUGAAGAGACGCCUCAUGUGGCUCGCCUGCCCUUGAAAAUGUGUCUGUGAACAGGUCACCGUCUCUAGUCGAAGCUCUGCAAGACUGUCGUGCUCGUGUGCCAGGCAGCAAAUUAUUCCUAGACUCUUGACUUUUGGCUCGGUAAACUCUCCGA